AUGGACAAAUCUGAGUACAGAGCGGGGAUAAAGUUCCUUGUCCUAGAGGGUCAAUCUGCCAAACAGGUGGAAGAGCGAUUGACUGCAGUUUAUGGAGAGUCUUCUCCAUCGUCUGCAACUAUCAAACGCUGGGUGAAGGCAUUUCGGCGUGGCAGAGAGAGCUUAGAAGAUGAUGCCCGGUCCGGACGGCCAUCAACCAGUACCAGCCCUAAAAACACUGACACUGUACACAAACUUGUGAUGGUAAACCGCCGUAUUACUCUCCAUGAGCUAGAAGAAACAACAGGCCUAUCAUAUGGAUCCAAACAUAAUAUAAUUCAUGGCAAACUCCGCAUGUCCAAAGUGUGUGCCAGAUGGGUCCCGAGAAUGCUUACAGAUGACAUGAAGCUAUCAAGGGUCAGCAUCAGUGGAGCCUUGCUAACUCGGUACAACGCCAACCCAGAUGAUUUUCAUUUUAGGAUUGUAACCAGUGAUGAAACCUGGGUUUAUCAUUAUGUACCGGAGAGCAAACAGGAGUCGAUGGAAUGGAAACACGCCACUUCUCCAAAGACAAAGAAGUUCAAAGCCACCAGUUCCACCAAGAAGGUUAUGAUGACCAUCUUCUGGGACAGCAAAGGAGUGAUUCACAUCGGCUACCUGCCCCAUGGUACCACAAUGAAUGGGGAGUAUUACGCCAAGUUAUUGAAGCAGGUGCGCCAAUCCAUCAAGGUGAAACGCUGUGAAAAAAUCCUUCGUGGGAUUCUGCUUCACAAUGACAACGCACCAGUCCACACGAGCCGUGUUGCAAUGACAGCUGUGCAAGAAUGUGGCUACGAACUCCGCCCUCACCCACCCUAUUCUCCAGACCUAGCCCCCAGUGACUUCCACCUCUUUCCCAGACUGAAAAAACACCUCCGGGGCCGGAGAUUUGAAGAUGACGAUGAGCUAACUGCUGCUGUGGAGGGUUGGUUAGGGGACCAGAAUGUUGACUUCUACCGAUCGGGUAUCAGUGACUGGCAAACUAGUUGGAAAAAGUGUGUGGAGUUUGGAGGAGCUAUGUUGAAAAAUAAAGUAGUAACAAUCCAAUUCUUUUACUUUUUCUGUGUGAGGCUCAACACUUUUUGA